AUGCUGACGCGGUCGCGCUCUAAGGCGUCCAACCAGCCAGUUUUUAUCGACGAUAAUUGGAAUGAUGCAUAUAUCCAAGCGAAAGAUGAACAAAUUGAUGCUUUGCUGGCAGCCGACGCGUCGCAACGUGGAUGGGAUGAGCUAGAGGAAGAAAACUCGGAGGCUGACGAGGAUGACAGUGACGAGGAUGCGUGGCACUCGGACUCGGACGAGUCGACGGACAACGACGAAGAUUGGUUUGAAAAGCCUCAGCAGAAUUCUGAAUGGAAUUUCGCUCAGCGAUGGGUGGCGGGUGAUGGCUUGCUUCAAAACAUUGGCUGGACGCUCGCAGUCUUGAGUGUGGCUCCCAUGCUACUCUACGUCACCUUACCGAGAAAUGAGCAGCAGUUGUGGCCACUCCACAGCUUAAGCUUAGCCGGGACAUUAACAAAAGUAUUACUGAACUUGCUCACUCUGGUUGCUGCGGCUGUGACUUUAUAUGGCUUCAUACGUAAUGUAAACCCUCUGGACACAAUUAAUGCCUUAAAUUGGAGACAAAUUGAGCUGGAGCUUCCCGUUCAAUUGCUGCAACGUGGUAGGGAAUAUGUGAAGGAAGUGAUGGAGGUAUUUACAGUUGAGUUAGAUCCCAGCACUCCGUUGAGGAGUUAUAUCUGGACGUUAAUGACAACUUUGGACACGCCUGGGAUACAUUUUCUUACAGCAUUACUUGCAGGCGUUCUGGUCACUUUGACUUGCUUUUAUCGUGUGUGGGCCAAGACGUUGGUGUUGCUGGGUACUGUAGCAUACGUAACGUACAAUGUGGUCACGGAGAUGAAAAUGCAUCAGCAAACAGCGGUUGGAAUUUUCUCGCUUGAUCCCGACUUUGCCUUUGUUAACGAAACUAUAUUUGUUGCUAUCGACGGACAAAAUUUGGAAGACGGCGGAUCUAUAGCCUGGGCGCCUUACUGGGGAGGUGUUCAGCAGCGGCGAGCGCAAAUUUGUCCCAAGCUUUUCCCACAGCGACUUAGCAACGGCGGCGUGCUCGUCACUUUCGACCGAAUGAAUGAAUACGUGCCAUGCUACCUCAGCCCUAAGGAGGCAUCUUCUGCAAUCAUUGUUGACAGCGAGAUUCAGUCAUCUGAGUCUUCUCAAUGCUUUGAAAGCAUUCGGUUGCGAGUUAAGGAUCAAAAGAGCGUGCCAGGUUGGUCUCUGCAGAACCACAAGCAAAUAUGA